AUGAAACUCCCUCCGGAAGCCAUUACUGCCACAUGGCCAAUGCCUAACUAUAUCGACCCUCCCACCCGUGGGCACGGCGUUCUCAUUGUGAACGUCAUCUGUAUGUCCUUGGCGUUUCUAGUGGUCUCCCUCCGUCUCUACACCCGGCUUCGUAUCACAUGCAGUGCCGGUAUCGAUGAUGUGCUCAUCACUAUCGGUCUAAUCUUCGCUAUCGCAAUGGCCGUCGUCACCUCCAUUGCAACCGAAGAUUGGGGCAUGAACCGCCAUGUCUGGGACAUCGAACUAUCACGACUGGUCACAGUUCAGAAGCUGAACCUCUCCUUCCAAAUUAUGUUCUCGAUGGCUUCCUGUUUCACCAAGAUCUCUCUGCUGUGGUUCUGUCGCCGACUCAUCGGCAAGGGUAACUUUGCGAUGUAUAAUUUGACUUUCAUCCUAUGCAUGGUUUUCGUUGGUCUUUCCAGCGGACUGUUCACGGUUAUCAGCAUCUUCCAGUGCACACCUAUCCGCGCAUACUGGGAAAUCAGUCCCACGGGUCCUUACCACUGUAUGAAUGACGGUGCGAUAGUCUUCUCGGCCAGUGUGAUCAACAUCUUCACCGACUUCCUGGUCACAGCGCUACCGAUGCCAUUGAUCUGGAGUUUGAAACUCCCCGCCCGCCAGCGACUCGCAGUAAUCUCCAUUUUCGCCCUCGGCGUCGUGGUCAACGUCGCCGGUUCUGUUCGAACCGUGUACGUAUGGAAGAGUAUGGUCGUUGGCUACGAUCCAACCUGGAUUGGAUGGCCGGUACUCAUUGCUGCUGUCGUGGAGAUCAGCCUGGGACUGAUCUGCUCUUCGGCCCCGGCCCUCCGCCCUCUCAUCGCGGCCUUCCUACCACGUCUUCUCAACUCAACCCGCAAUUUCAGCUCCUAUAAUCAACGAACCCACUCCCAUAAGCUCUGGUCGUCAACCGGACGCUCUCGAAAUUCCCGAUUCGUCACGGACGAUGUGUCCCCGCCCCUCUACGAGAAUGACCGGUUUGAGAUUAUGCGCACCGUCGAGAUGAAGAGUUGGACUGAGUCACGAGUUGCAAGUCCAGACCGUAUGGGCCACGCUUAUGAUAUUACGUCUGAGCGAAGCAGCCGCGCUCUCAGUCCCGUGCAUGCCAUUGAGGUCAAGAAUGGCAUGGUGCACGCCUCUUCGGCGAGCGAUGAUUCCUCUGUGUCUGGACUGUGA